UGGAAAAUCAUUUAAUAGCAAUAAUUGGAGUGUGAGAAAUGUCUUUGUUAGCUUUAGGAGCGUAUAACUUAACAAGAUUGGCCGCAGCUUGUAUGCGGGUUGGUUCAAAAGUUGAUAAAAACCGACAUCAGCCUUCGAAAUACCUACGGCAUGCACGUUCGCUGCACGGCUCACUUAGCCUCUAUGAUAAGAGAGAUGACAAAGAUGAUGAUGAUAAGUGCAAAAAACCCACUGACGAAUGUGAAUUCGAAGAAGAAACAUGUGAGGAUGAAGAAGAGAAGGCGGCCCUAAAGGCUCACGUGGGUGCUGGAAAGGCUGAAAAGUGCAUAAUUGAAGAACCCUGUGAGCCGGUCCCAGAUCCAUGUGAAGAAGGUGUGCCAGCUGUUGUGGGCGGUACACCAUCGAAGGGUGGCGGCGGCACCGCACAGAAAACAUUGGUGGGAAAACGUCGCGAGGGCGUCAUACAUGCUGUCAUUGGACCUGUCAUUGAUGUAUACUUUCCGGAUGAAGUUCCGGAAGUACUUAAUGCCCUGGAUGUGAUGGAUGCACCCAUAGGCCAUCUGGUACUAGAGGUCUUCCAUCACUUGGGCAACAAUAUUGUUCGUUCGGUGGCUAUGGACUCAACAGAGGGCCUGAGACGUGGGCAAAGAGUGGUCGAUACGGGCUAUCCAAUACGCGUGCCCGUGGGCAAGGCAGUGUUGGGACGUAUUAUCAAUGUAGUGGGCGAUCCAAUCGAUGAACGCGGCGAAAUCAAAAGCGAGUUCUAUUCCUUUAUUCACAACGAUGCCCCAGAGCUUGAAGAAUUGAGUGUCAAGCCAGAGAUUUUGGCCACUGGCAUUAAGGUCAUUGAUUUGCUGGCACCCUAUGUGAAAGGUGGAAAAAUUGGGCUAUUCGGGGGCGCCGGUGUAGGCAAAACCGUGCUCAUCAUGGAGCUGAUCAACAACAUAGCGAAGUCCCAUGGUGGUUACUCGGUGUUUGUGGGCGCUGGAGAGCGCACUCGUGAGGGCAAUGACCUCUAUUAUGAGAUGAUAGAGUCCAAGGUGAUAUCCAUAGAUGAUGACAAGUCAAAGGUGGCGCUGGUUUAUGGCCAGAUGAAUGAACCACCAGGCGCCCGCAGUCGUGUUGUGCUCACUGGACUAACCAUUGCCGAAUACUUUCGCGAUAUCGAUGGUCAGGAUGUCCUGCUGUUUAUAGACAACAUUUUCCGCUUUACCCAGGCUGGUUCAGAGGUCUCAGCCUUGCUAGGUCGCAUACCCUCUGCCGUGGGCUAUCAACCGACCCUGGGCACCGACAUGGGAACCAUGCAGGAGCGCAUUACCAGCACUCGCAAUGGUUCGAUUACGUCUGUGCAGGCUGUUUAUGUGCCAGCCGAUGAUCUCACCGAUCCGGCGCCCGCCGCUACUUUUUCGCACUUGGAUGCCACUACUGUUUUAUCCCGUCCAAUUGCUGAAUUGGGCAUUUAUCCGGCCGUGGAUCCACUGGAUUCUUCGUCACGUAUUCUCGAUCCCGACAUUGUGGGCGAGGAACAUUAUAAUGUGGCCCGAGCUGUGCAAAAGACCCUGCAGGGCUACAAGUCGUUGCAGGAUAUAAUUGCCAUUUUGGGAAUGGAUGAACUAUCGGAGGAAGAUAAGCUUACUGUGGCGCGUGCUCGCAAGAUGCAGCGUUUUCUAUCCCAGCCUUUUCAAGUGGCCGAGGUCUUCACCGGCCAUCCCGGCAAGAUCGUACCCGUGGAAAAGUCUGUGGACGGCUUCAAGCGAUUGCUAAAUGGCGAGUACGAUGACAUACCGGAAAUAGCUUUUUAUAUGGUCGGCGAUGUAGAUGAAGUUUUGGCCAAAGCCAAUCAAUUGGCAACUUCAAUGUCCGGUGGCGGUCCUGCAAAGCCAGCUCCAAAGAAGGAAGAGAAGAAAGAAGAAGCUAAGCCAGCGGAGGCCAAGGAUGGGAAACCCGAAGAACACAAGAAACCUGAAGAAAAAGAAGCCAAACCACCAAAAGUUGAACCACCGAAAGCUGAAACACCUAAAGCUGAAGCUACGAAGGACAAGGAUCCAAAGGACAAAAAGAAGUAAAUUACAUACAAAUAUGUUUCAAAUUUUGAUCAUUUAUGCAACAAUUUGAAUAAAUAACUGUUAACGGGAA